UUCCGCCAUCUUUUGCGCAGCUGCUGUUGUUUCGCCUCUGACGGAAAUUCUUUGCACUAAAACUUUAGUUUACUAUUAAAAACAAAUAAACUAGGAGAUUCAAUUUGUGCGUUGGAUUCCCUUAUUUGGAAGCUUCAUUUGUUCACCCAAAAUGUCAAAACGCACGCGCGACUCAGAAUCAGAGGAUUUGCAAUCGUAUCUAAGAAAUUUUCACAAAGAAAUUGAAGAUGGCAGCAUUGAAGACAAAGAAGUUAAGGCAGAUGAUGUUGCCAUGGAUGAUGAUGCUGAAGGGGAAGAACAGGAAGAAAACCAGGACGAUGAUGACGACGACAAAUAUUUUAUAGACGACGAAGGCAACUGUUAUAUCAAAACUACACCAAGGAAACAAGAACAGCUCAAAAAGAAAUUGAAGCAACAAACAUCGAAAGCGCCAAUCAGAGAGGAAAUUUCAAUACGCAGCACAACGCGUGCGGCCAGCAGCAAAACGUCUAAAGCCAUUAAUCUACGUCCUGCGAAACCGAAACCAGUUGCAGCUGCUCAAAGGACCCCCAAAGCAAUCAAUAUACGACCUGCUCCACCAAAAAGAUCACCAGUUAAGACGACAACCUCUACACCAGUCAGCACACCUAGAGCAUAUUUACGCUCUUCAACAAGAUCUACAAAAUCCGAACCAGAGUCGCAGCUGAAGACUAAAUUAGUAAUAGAGAAGUUGGUAGAGUUUGAAGAACUCGUAGAUGAUCCUAAUGCCGGUGAUAUUACCACAGUUUCCAUAAAUGAAUCAGAGCUUACUGUCGCUUCAAAUGAUGCCAAUGCAACUAGCCUAACUGAAGAUCAAAACGCUAGCAAAGACAAUUCGGACACUGAGGUCUACGAGUUUGAUGACGGCGCAGCUAAUGUAUCUGCCAGGUCGGAUGUGGAUUUCGUGCUCAGCGGCAAUCAGUACAAGCUAAAGCCGGCGGCAACGAACUCGGCUGCAUCGCAGAAGUUCGCCUGCUCCCACUGCAGCUAUACGACCAAUAAAAAAUUCCUAAUAUCACGUCACGUUCGCUCCCAUGACUCGGAAUUGUCAUUCAAGUGUUCUAUCUGUGAGCGUGGCUUCAAGUCCAACAUGGGGCUGGUCAAUCACUUAAACACACACAUGGGCAACAAGCCGCACAAGUGCAAGCUUUGCGAGAGCGCGUUCACUACUAACGGAGAGCUUAUACGACAUACACGCUACAAGCAUACCAAGGAAAAGCCGCACAAAUGCACGGAGUGCAGCUAUGCCAGUGUAGAACUGACAAAACUGCGCCGCCACAUGACCUGCCAUACGGGCGAGCGUCCGUAUCAGUGUCCUCACUGUACUUAUGCCUCUCAGGAUAUGUUUAAGCUAAAGCGUCAUCUGGUUAUACACACGGGCGAGAAGAAGUAUCAAUGCGAUAUAUGCAAGUCCCGCUUUACACAAUCAAACUCGCUCAAGGCACACAAACUGAUUCACAGCGUGGUGGACAAACCAGUGUUUCAGUGCACCUUGUGUCCCACCACAUGCGGCCGCAAGGCUGACCUACGCACUCAUAUGGCCAACAUGCACACCUCGGAUAAGCCACUGAUUUGCAAGCGUUGCGGCCAGGAGCUGCCUGAUCGCUAUCAGUAUAAGCUGCACAUCAAGUCACAUGAGGGUGAGAAAUGUUAUCGUUGCAGUCUAUGCAGCUAUGCUUCAGUAUCUCAACGACAUUUGGACUCGCAUAUGCUUAUCCACACCGACACAAAGCCCUUUAAAUGCGACUUGUGCUCCCAAGCGUUCCGUCAGCGUCAACUGCUGCGACGUCAUGUAAAUCUGAUGCACAAUGAGGACUAUAAGCCGCCGGAGCCACGUGAAAAGGUUCACUCUUGUCCCAGUUGUCUACGUGUCUUUACGCACAAGGGUAACCUGAUGCGUCACAUGGAAACACACGAUGAUUCGUUGAACGCUCGAGAAGAGAAGCUGAAGCUAAAACUUGGACGUAGCGUGCGUCUCCAGCCGGACGGCAGCAUUGUAACUCUGGUCAAUGGCACCGACAUUGAGGCACUUGACAAGGGCGAUGCUAUUUCCAUUGACAUCGAUGAGCAGUUUGAACUCACUGAAUUGGAGGAGAUUGAUGAGGAAGAAGCGCCAAGCGAAGUCAUUGAGGAAGCGUUUGCUGCACCCACCUUAAGAACACGAAAGAACAACAAAACUGUUCUUGUAAGAGAGCGCGAGCAGAGCUCGUCCAGUAAACCAAUCAUUAUUAACCGGCAAUUAAAGGCUCCGCGUGUGCACCGCGAACUAACUACUCAAGCCGGCACAUUCCGUAUUAAAGAAGAGCCCGAUGCAAACGAAUUUACGGUAGAACUACAAGGUGAAGAUGAACAGUUUAUGGUCGUCCAACUGGUUAACGAUGAUAGCGAAGUUGUAGUCAAGCGUGAGCCCAAGAUCAAUGCCAAUAAUUGUUUUGGCUUCGAGGAUGAUGCCAAUGUUGAAUACGAAGAAUAUGUGGAGCCUGUAGCUGAAGUGGAUGCUACGUCGCAGCAGUUUCUACAGCUAAUGGACAUGAUUGAGCAGGAUACAUAGGUCAGCAAAAAAUUAAGUCAUAUUAGAAAUGUAUAGAAAUAAUAAUAAAUAAUAAAAACAAA